GAUUUCGUGUUGAACGAAGUUAAUGAGUGGAUAUAAGAAUUCAAAAUGCAGAUAUUUGUGAAGACUUUGACGGGGAAGACUAUCACCUUAGAAGUAGAAGCUUCGGAUACAAUCGAAAAUGUUAAAGCCAAAAUCCAGGAUAAAGAAGGAAGUCCCCCAGAUCAGCAAAGACUUAUAUUUGCUGGCAAGCAGUUGGAAGAUGGCCGAACAUUGUCUGAUUAUAACAUCCAGAAAGAAUCUACUUUACACCUUGUCUUAAGGCUCCGUGGUGGUGCUAAGAAGCGAAAGAAGAAGAAUUACUCAACACCCAAAAAAAUUAAGCACAAGAAGAAGAAGGUUAAGCUUUCAGUCUUGAAGUUCUAUAAGGUUGAUGAAAAUGGGAAGAUUCAUCGCCUCUGCCGUGAAUGCCCGUCAGAACAGUGCGGUGCUGGAGUAUUCAUGGCUGCCAUGGAAGAUAGGCAUUACUGUGGAAAGUGCGGGCACACACUAGUGUUCAGCAAACCUGAUGAAGCUUGAACAUGUUGCUGUAUGGUUUCUUGGCAUUGUAUUAUUACUGACAAAUAAAAAAUAACAAAUAUU